AUGGAGGGGGUGGGAAAAGAAGAGGGCAAGGUCCGAGCUAGGAAGGCAGAAGGCAGCCUGAAUUUAGAUGGAGUGGCUGAUGUGACAUUAACAUCAGGUGGCCCCAAACUUAGUAAAGAAGAUGAUGUCAUCCGCGGAGAGUGCAGAUACCUCAGUGGGGCUGAGGACUUAAGAGAAGUUCGGGAAAUUCUGGGGAAAUUGAUGGAUGGAAAUGAGUCAGGAGUGAAGUCACAGCUUGAUCUUGUGAGGAGCCCAACGGUGAAGGAGCCACAGAAGUCAAAGCAGAAGUAUCCCCAUAGGAAUGAAGAACCUUUGAGAGGGAAGAGGAAGAAGAUAAAUCCAGGAGCACGAGGAAAUGAUGAGUUAGUUAUCCGUUUAGCUAAAUUGAAGUUAACCUCAGUGGAGAAUAGCACAGAAGCAACAGAGUUCAUCCUCUUGGGAUUCACAGAUGACCCCAACCUCCAGGUUCCCCUCCUCCUGGUAUUUUUGUUCAUCUACCUCAUCACUUUGGUUGGGAAUAGGGGGAUGGUGCUGGUCAUCUACGCAGACUCCCACCUCCACACUCCAAUGUACUUCUUCCUCAGCAACCUUUCCUUUGUCGAUCCGGGUCACUCCUCAGCCGUAGCUCCCCAGACGUUGGCUGCACUGCACUCAGGAAACAAACUCACCUCCCACAAUGGAUGUGCUGCUCAGUCCUUCUUCUUUGUGGGUUUUGCCACCGUCAAGUGCUACCUCCUGGCCUCCACGGCCUGUGACCCCCGUGCAGUGCUGUGUAGGCCCCUUCAUUACACCAGCACCAUGAUAGCAGGUGUGUAUGCCCUCCUGAGGAUGGGCUCCUAUGUCUGUGGCUUCCUCAAUGCCUGUGGCUUCCUCGAUGCCUGUAUCCACUCAGCAGACACCUUCAGACUCUCCUUCUGUGGUUCAAAUGAGAUGAAUCACUUUUUCUGCGAAGUCCUUCCACUCCUGGCUCUCUCGUGCUCCAACACAAGCAUGAGCAAGCUGGUGGCCUUCUUUGUCGUGGGCUUCAGUGUCUUUUUCACCCUCCUGGUCAUCCUCAUCUCUUACUUCUUCAUAUACAUGGCUGUUUGACGGAGGCAUUCUGUGGAAGGAAGGAAGAACGCCUUCUCCACCUGUGCGUCCCAUCUCGCGGCCAUCUCCAUUUUCUAUGGAACAAUUAUCUUCAUGUACUUACAGCCCAGCUCCACCCAGUCCAUGGACAUGGACAAAAUAGCAUCUGUGUUUUACACGGUGGUGAUUCCCAUGCUGAACCCCUUGGUCUACAGUCUUAGGAACAAAGAAGUGAAACAUACUCUCUGGAAAAUACUCAACAAACUUAAUUCCCAGUCUUUAAGUGUGAGUAGGAAGUAG